AUGUCUUCAUCUUCUUCUGCAGAUCUCGAUUCUGCAUUGUGCUCAACAAAGUCUGAUAGACAUCCAACCAGCACAGCAAGCGACAGUUAUCAAGCCUGUCGGGCGAAUACAUCGUGCAAGGAAAUCGAUCUAAAAGAUGGCAUGAAUGAAGAAGAUUUGCCUCCAGUUGAUGGAGGGGUUCAUGCAUGGCUAUUUUUGCUAGCCGCUACUAUGCUAGAAGCGUUGGUAUGGGGAUUUGCCUUCUCAUUUGGCAUCUUUCAAGACUAUUAUAGCGUGCACGAGCCAUUCAAAGGAUCUAAAAAUAUAGCUGUGAUUGGAACAUGUGCUAUGGGCAUUGCAUACUUACUUGCCCCUUUUACGAUCAUUAUGAUGAUAUUGAUUCCCCGACUCGCCCGCUGGGUUUCCACGGUGGGCAUUGGAAUUGUGUGUGUUUCCCUGGCACUCAGCUCCUUCGCCAAUAAUACGACACAGCUCAUUUUGUCACAAGGGGCUGCUUAUGGCAUUGGAGCCUGCUUUUCAUAUACACCGUCAAUUUUAUACAUGUCCGAGUGGUUUGUCAAGCGCAAAGGGCUGGCUUUUGGGAUUUCUCUGGCUGGAUCAGGGGUUUCUGGAGUCAUAUUUCCACCGCUGAUAGAAUGGCUUCUUGGUAAAUACGGAGUCGAAACAACUUUGAGAGUUUCUGCAGUGGCUUUGUUCAUUCUUGCUGUGCCGUUCCUCUACUGGCACAAACCUAGACUACCACCUCCAAAGAUUCCCAGCUACGACAGACUCAACUUCAGCUUUUUAUCCAGCAGAGUUUACAACAUAUACCAGCUUGGAAAUACCGUUGAAGCAUUGGGCUUCUUUCUGCCGACCAUAUACCUACCUACAUACGCCCGCAGCCUGGGCGCCAGCGAGAUUGUGUCGUCACUCACAGUCACGCUAAUUAAUCUAUCUUGGGUCUUCAGUUCCGUCAUCAUGGGAUAUCUUUCUGAUAGAUACCAUUGUACCACCUGCAUCCUCAUAUCGACGGUUGGCACGGUCUUAUCGGUGUUUUUCCUUUGGGGGUUUGCUACCAACAUCCCCGUUCUGUACCUAUUUUGCGUUACUUAUGGACUUUUGGCGGGCGGAUAUACAGCGACAUGGGCAGGAGUGGCACAGGAAAUUGGACAAGCGAAUCCGGGAGCGGAUGUGAGCGUCAUAUAUCCUUUCAUGGAAUUUGGCAGAGGGAUUGGGAAUCUGGUUAGCGGUCCACUCAGUGAAGCGUUGCUCAAGGCGGAUGAUUGGCAAGGCUCUGCAUUUGGCGUAUAUGGGAGUGGUUAUGGCACACUUGUUGUUUGUACAGGGGCAACGGCAUUGAUAGGUGGCGUAUCGAUCUUAGCACGGCAAUUUAACUGGGUAUGA